GCUGAAAGCCAGAUGGUGGAAAAAAGUUAUUUUAAAAAUCCGCUUUUUUCCCAAUUUCACCUCUAGAAAACAUACCGUGCCCAUUUAAAGCCAUCUACAGGCUACGAUGGUCUUCAAGGAGCUGACAUGUUUAGCAGUCAUGGGGUUUUCAGAAUGUGUGGUAGUGGUGUGGGGACGAUUCACGCCUCUGUAUUAAUUAACUGAGCAGAGUUUGUAUCUGACAGUCCUUCCUCUUGCCAAACAAAAUCCGUACAAGUCAGAUCAUAAAAUAAUUAGACUCCGACAUUUUGCUAUACCAGAAACACUGGUGGACAACAGAAAGCAGGAAGGUAAAGGAAACACUGGAUCUUUCUGGAGGAAAAACAGAAACCUACGUGGAAAACGUUCACAGAGUGUUGCCAUAAUGGCCCAGCAGGACUGGUCUGAGUCACGUGACCAGCAACAAGCGAAAAUAAGUAAAUGAACUGCUUAAAUCACCUGUGAAAAAGCCGGGUCCACAUGCCUCUGAACGCGGGAGCAGAAGCCUGUUACGGCAGCGUGCCGGACGCCGGGCCGCCGGGUGGCGAGGGCGCCUCGGAGACAGCCCCUCUGCUCGCCCUGGAGCCGGUGCAUCAGUGGCAGCCAAUGAACAGGCAGCAGCUGGAGGCCGCCGCCGGAGGUCCGGGCUGGAGGGCCGUACGCCGUUACCUGGUGGUGCUGUUCUGGCUGGCAUGGUUGACUGUGCUCGCUGUUGCCGUCGCCAUCGUUGUCAUAAGCCCGAAACCGGUUCCGACGAGGCUGAAAUGGUGGCAGAGGAGUCUGUUCUGCCAGGUCCAGCCAGAGCCGAGCCCUCACGGGCAAGACGAGAGGUCAGGGGGCAUCAGCGCGGUGUAUGAGCGCCUUCCCUACCUCAAGUCUUUGGGAGUUGGAGCUCUAAUCCUGCAGGGUGUGUUUCAUAAAAAGGCAACUCCAGCUAACCUCAGUGAGGUCACUGAGGCCCUGGAAACAAAGGCUCAGAUCCAACAUCUGCUUGCAGAGAGCAAGAAAGCAGAUCUAAGGGUGGUGUUGAGCAUAUGUGAAGUGAAUCUGCUGGGACAGGAGGAGAUGCCCGGAAACAAACCGUCGAACCGUUCAGCUACUGAUGCAUUAAGGUUCUGGUUGGAGCAAGGUGUGGCCGGAUUUGCCAUCUGUGACUCUGAUCCAGCAUAUUCAGCAGAGACUCUGCUGGAAUGGAGGAGAGUCUUUGAGGAAUUUAGCACUCAGCAGGAGGAAAGGAUUUUGUUGGUAGAACAGACCUCAGAUGUUCUGCGCCCGCUGAACGCCUCGACUCAGAACCUUACCUUGGUAAAUGUGGUCAUAAGGUCCAUCUUACCAAAGUCGGAGCAGCCUCUCUCUGCUGAGGAAGUAGCUGAAGCUGUAGAGACGCGGCUGCAAACACGACAGGAAGACGUAUGGACCAGCUGGACAGUUGGAGGUGAGGUGCCUGUUGAGCUGAAGAGGUUAUUCCUGGUGCUGAUGAUGACGCUGCCAGGAUCACCUGCGUUCAGAUACAGGGAAGAGAUCGACCACACAUGGGACAAAGAGUCAAAGCACUCGGAAGCUGCUCUCUUCUCCACUCUCAGCCACUCCAAGUCCAGAGAAGAAGCUCUCGUCUACGGCAGUUUGAUGAUCCUCCCCUUCAACGCCACCUACAACUUUUCCUCGCGUUCGUUUUCCAACUCCUCCGUUUCACCUCGUCCCUUCCUGGCCUUCCUGCGCUCCUGGGGUUGCGUGCAGUUCCUCGUUCUGCUCAACACGUGGCCCGAGCCGCUGUCCCUGGAUCCGGCCUGGGCCCCCGGCCUGCCUGAAAAGGGCGUGUUUGUGGCCAGCACAGGAAUGAACCACAUGGGUUCGACGUAUCUGUACUCUCUCCAACUGCAGCCUUACGAAGCCAUCGUCAUCAAGCUGUUUAACCCAGGAGGCUACUCGUAG